AUGCAGAAGCUGAGUGACCCGAGAGAAGUUAGGGAAUUAGAUCCUUACGAUGCUUUGUCCGAAGAUGAACAUGAGAUAGUAAAAGUUAAAGAGCGGCUUCUAUCGCUGGAAAAGGAACGCCAAGAUCUAAUAGCGAGAUUAAAUAGGUUAAAUGAAAGUAAAUGUUCCAAAAAAGACCCUAAUCUCAUUAAACUAGAGGUUCCAAGCUCACCGCCUAGGCCUAAAAGAGUUAAAGAGAUAGAAAAGAAGACAAUUGAAGUGGUUGAAUAUCCUAAAGAGAAUGAGAAUGAAAUUCAUCUUUUCUCUUCUUUUGCGGCGCCAUCACAUAGUACCAGUUAUUUUGCUGAGAAACUCAGCUCUGCUAAGAAGGUUCGUGACGAUAAAGUACAGAAAAGGGAUGACUUACUGAAACGAAGGGUCUAUACCUUCUCCAGUAUUGCUAUACCAAAAGAAUUUGAUUCCAUUGUGGUUGAUGAAGUUGAAGAGUAUUCCAAUAUGAACAUAAGCAAGAGAUAUAUUCCCAAAGACGUUUUGAAUACUAUCAUGCAAGACAUUAAAGUGCUUAGAUUGUCCAAACUAUAUGCAAAAGUAAGGCCACCUAAGUUUUUAGAACCGGAGUAUACUAAUUGGCUUACUUUAGGGGUGGUUACGCACAAAUCAGAUAUCAAAAUGACCGCACAGCGUGUUCCUAAUAAGUAUUUUAGUAUUAAGCUAACCGAUUUUCAGUAUGAUAUCCAACUUAUGAUAUUUGGCAAAACUAAUGUGGAGAAAUACUAUAAAUUACAAGUCAAAGACAUUAUAGCUGUAUUAAACCCAGAAAUAUACCCUUGGCGAGGGCAAUCAGAUGACUUUGAAAAUAAUGUGCCGUCUUCCAAGUCUUUUAGUCUUGCUGUUAAAAGCAAUUAUGAUUGCAUCUUAGAGAUUGGAUGCAGCAAAGAUCUUGGCUUUUGUCCCGCCAUUGUAAAAUCUAAAAAUAAGGCAUGCGGUGCACCACUUAACAAAUCACUAAGUGAAGCGUGCAGUUACCACCAAGAGCUAAACUUUAGGUCUACAAACGCAAAGCGUGUAGAAUUGAAUGGGAAUAUAUCAUUACGGGCUCCUACAAAGGAUGGAAUUGUGCAAUCCGCUAAUAUGGUUAGAUCAUCGAAGGGAGUUCGGAUUGGGCUAACACCAGAUAAGCAAGCAUCGAGGACAAAGGUAGACGACAGAAAGCGCCUUAAUUUCACCAGCAAUAAUGCAUAUAAGGCAUAUUUUGAUGACGAGUUCCAAAAUCCAGACAUUCUUCAAAACCUAGAGACUAAGAGACGUAAGGUUAAUGACUCUCGAAAAGAUCAGGAAAUAAAUAGACAAUUGUCAAUGGCAAUAAGCAAGAACAGAAGUGAAACAAUUAGCGGAUUUUCAAGUGGCUUCAAAUCGGAGAUGAAGAAAGCUACUGUGAAGGCUAUGAACACUGGAGUAAUUAAGAACAUUGGCUUCGAUCCCACACGUGGCAAAAUGAAAAGUGUACUAUAUGAAAGUAAAAAAGGAGGAGCCGAGGAUUAUAAAUCUGCUGAGGUAGCAGAAAUCUUGUCAAUAAAGAAAGAUAAUGUAGAUCUAAAACCUUCUGAACAAGAAAUCAUAAGGAAAAGACAGAAACGAACAGAUGUUUACAAUGAGAUUUUUAAUGACGGUAAAGGGAAAGUUAGCAAUGCAAAUAUAGUAGAGUCUAGCGAUGACGAUCUGGAGAUAGUAUAA